ACGAAAAUAUCACGUCAAGAAAAAACAUGGCGGUGUAGUGUGUGUGCAUGGGGGUCCGCUACUCGCCACUCGUCGUCGAUUAAUGAAGGUUUUUUUCUUCAAGCAGACUUCUAACUCUUGAACAGGUCAAAAUGUUUCGUCGGUCAAGAUUCAGUAUUCGGCCCAAUGUGGGUGCUGCAGGGAGAGCAGCAGGAACAUCCCAGGAUGCUCCUACAGCAAGCCAGGAGGCCAGUGAGACCCCCAAAGACAUCAGUGAGAGCAGCACUGCACCUGCUGCAACAGAUAACAAGUCCGUUGUGACCCCGUCAGAAAAACCUACCGCCCCAGGGGAUGGGAAUGAUCAGAAUGGGGAAGGUACCAGCACCUCAGCAGCACUUCAGAGAAGGAAGCGGUUUUCCAUCAAACCCAAAGUGGCCCCUGGCCGGUUGUCCACACUGUCUCGGACGCCGAAGUCCCCUGCCAAGGCCGUGUCUGAAGCUCCUGUCUCUGACCUUGACAAACCAACAACAUCCAGCCAAACCGGACCUACAGUUUCCCCUCGAGGACUCCAGUCCCCACGGCGAAGGAGACCUUCAGAAGACAGCAAGCAGCUCAAAUUGCAGCCUAAACCCACAAUCAUUUCCUCUGACGGCUCUGCACCUUCAACUGUUCCUCUAGUGGAGGAUUUACAAGAACAAACACAUCUGACAGCAGACAGUGGCAAACAACUUGAAAGCACUUCAGGCAGUCCAGUAAAAGAAGCUCCUUCCAGACUACCUGAUAAAGUCCCCCCCUCUCUACCAGACAAAGAAGCUAUUGAGAUAUCAGAAAAAGCAAAGACUCUCGUAUCAUCUGAGAGCAGCCUUUCACUGCCACCUUCAGCGUUCUCCUUAAGCAGACUCCUGAACGACCCGUCUGACAUGCAGAGGAUUGCAAAGGCCCAGAAACUCAGAGAGCUGCUCAAACAGGAGAUGCACAAAGAAAAGAAACGGAAGAAAAAUAAAGUGCGUGUCAAGGAGUUUUCUUUGGAUCCCGCCAAAAUGACCAUGAGGGACUUAAUCCGGUAUCUACCAGAGUCCAACCCUAUGACAUCUAGUGUAGAAGAAACAGUGAACGAGAACGAGACUGUGGUCCCACCGUCACCAGAAAGAGAAGCGUCUCCAGAGAGAGCACAAGAACCUGAAGCUGCCCCCAAAGUUGCAACCCCAACACAGGAGGAGGACGGGGCGGAGGCUGAUGGGGAGGCGCAGGAAGACCCUGACGAGGACGAAGACGCGGUCAUGGUUCCUCAGGUCAAAGUAGCAGAGGACGGCACACUCAUCAUCGAUGAAGAGAGCUUGACCGUGGAAGUCCAGCGAGCCAAAGGGCCAAACCUCGCUCAGGAACGGGACCCCAUCUUUGAACGAGGCUCCACGACGACAUACUCAAGCUUCAGAAAAGGGACCUAUUCCAGACCCUGGUCUGGUGAAGAGACCGACAUGUUCUUCCUGGCCAUCAGCAUGGUGGGGACAGACUUCUCCAUGAUCUGUCAGCUGUUUCCUCACAGAGCUCGAUCAGAGAUAAAGAACAAAUUCAAAAAAGAAGAACGAGAAAAUUCCUGGAGGGUUGACAAAGCUUUCAGAGAGAGGCGCAAACUAGACAUAGAGUACUUCUCCAAGCUGCUAGAGAAGAUCCUCGAAGUUCAGAAAAACAGGAAGAAACUGAAGUCUCUGGCUAACAAGAACUCCCCCAAGAAGCAAAAGAGGAAAGCAAAAAGCAAGAAAGCUACGAAGAAGCUGAGUGAUGUGGAGGAGGAAAAUGAGGAAGAGGAGAACGAUAUGCCUGACCUAGAGGGGGAGGGAGAGAAAGAGAACGAGGCCCUCUGUAAUGAAGGAGAAACCCCUGUUCCUAAGCCUAAGAAGACACGGAAAAGAAAGAAAGCAGCUUCACAAGAGGAACCCAAAGACAAGAAACACAAAACGGGGGAAAAAGGCAAUGAACAAGAUGAAGCCUGCACACCAGAAGACGCUGAGGCAGCCCUUCCUGAAGACCGUACAAACUCAGACAUAUCUGAAAAGACUACGGAUGCGAACGCAGCCAAGGACGCCACCAUUAAACCAGCUAAACUCACUCGAGGCAGAGCACCGAAACCGCUGCUGCCUUUGAGCAGGAAGUGGGCUAAAAAGCUUUCACAGCCAUCCAAGGCUGGAGACGCUGUGUCAGACAAAGGGGACAAGAGUGUGACAGAUGGAGCCUCUCAAGAGCAGGAAAACAAAGAUGCAUCGCCUUUAAAACAAGAGAAUAAGAAGAAGUCAGACGAUGAUGGCAGCUCCUCUGAAGAAGAGGUGUCCAUUGCUCCAACUCCUAGACCUACCAGGUAUGGGAGAGUGCCCAAACCCACCAAGCCUUUGAAUUACUCUCCCAAAGAGGACGCACGCUCCUCUGCAUCUGAAAGCACUCCUGCCUCUCCGGCUACUGCUUCCGCUGCCAGGCCUAAACCCAAACCCAAACUUGCAGCCAAGAGGGCAAGACCAUCAAAGGCCCAAUCAGCCCAAGAGUCUAAAAAGCCCAAGCUGGUCACCCUCAGGGCCUCUCAGUCCGACUACAGUGAUGAAGAGAAUGAAAAGCAGUGGGAGGAAGAAGAGGCGCAGGAGGAGGAGCAGGAGCACCCUGCAUGUGGCUCCAGUAACGACAGCAUUGCUCCUGCGUUUGUGCCUGCCAGCCUGCGCUCUCCACAUCCUCUGAUUUCAGAUGUGGAAGAGACCAUGGAAGAGCUUGAUAUCUUGGCCAAUAUGCCUGAUGUGUUGGGCAUCUCCCAAGAUGCUUUGUGCCCUGAUGCCUCUUGUGAGCGGGCACAUAGUGAGACAGGCACAGCUGAACCCUGUGAACAUCAGUUGGACCUGCUGGUUGAUGUUAUCGACUUCCUGUCUUCUGAACACCCAGAAGUAUCUGAAGACCAGAGCUACAACGAGGCUGCUGAAACCCUGUUGACCAUUGGCAAUCUGGCUCACCUCUCUCACCCAGCACAGAGUCAGAUAUCCACAGAAGAGCAAACAGAUAUAAUAUCAGCCCUUGUCAAUGAACAUCUAGAAGAAGAGAUUGCAUUACAGCCUGCUGCACAAGAGGAAUACACUGCCAACUCUCUGAUAUCUGUAGCCUCUGGCAGUGGAGUCACAGAAACAGUUACCACAGUGGAGCUGCAGAACAGCACAACAGACAGUGAUAACAUGCAAAGUAUCAGUCAGCAGACUGAUUCAGAAAUGGAUUCUACCUCUAAAUCAAAUGCAGAAGGUACAAAAACAGAUUCUCCUCAAAGCAAGAGGGGGCGUUUAUCCAAGGUGAAACCAAAACCUAACCUAGGUCGAGCCUCAAGGGCUGCUCAGCUGAAAUCCGCACCAGAGACGUCUACAGAGAGGACAACUGAAGAGACGCAAAAAGAUGCCACAGAAACGUCUCAAGCAAAUGACAUGGGAGUCGUUGCAGAAGAAACCCCUGAAAUAGCAGCUAGCAGUCAAGACCUGUUUAAAGAUGACGAUGUGCCCUCCACAUGUUCAGAAAUCAAACUUACAGAAGAGGAAAGUUCUGUUCCAACAACAUCAGAUCCAGAGACUCAAGAAGUGAAGGACACCAGAGACUCAAAGUCCACAGAUGUUACACCAGAUUCUCACGAUGGUACAACUAAAAGUAGCACAAAUGAUGUGGUGACAUCAGACACAGUGGUCCCGGACUCACAGAGUCAGCAAGACCCAGCCUCGGUCGAGAAAAGCAGUGGGCCUCCUCCUGUCGAGGAGUUGCCCGACAGUCAGAAAGAAGACAGUGAGGAUGCAUCUGCUUCACAGACGAAGAAGAGUCGAUUCCAGAGAGUCAAGCCCAAACCCAACCUGGCACAGAUGUCAAGAAGUGUACGUUCAAGACCUCAAACCACAAAGGACACAGUAGAUACACCGUUAAACCCAACUCCAAACCCAAGUAUAGAUGAAGAAACAGUAGUAGUUUCUCCAGAACCCUCCUCCUCUCCUAAAAAAACAAGUCAAAGUGCUGGUCCUGCCUCAGAUUCAACACCAUCACUAGAUGUUGGCUCUACUCUCACACAGUCCAGGAAAUCGCUGAUGACUGAGCAGGAAAAGACGACUGAGUUUGUUGGUGGUCAGGAAGAAUUAGCGACGGUGCCUUUGGAUGAGGAUGCUUCAGAAAACCAGAACGUCUCUGAAGCCCAAAUUGAACCAAGUAGAGAACAGGCCACCAUAGAGAAGAGGCCAACACCUGAGUCCAUUGAAGAUACACUGAUGUCUGAUGUUGAGAUGUCUGAUGUAGUCACGGAAUCACAGGUUGAACAUGGGUCAAACACAAGCAUUGCCCCAGUUGUUCCUGCAGAGGUUUUACCCGUCAGUCAGAAGCAAGAGGAUGGAGACGCAUCUCCUUCCCAGACCAGGAAGAGUCGAUUCCAGAGAGUCAGGCCUAAACCCAACCUGGCACUGACGUCAAGACCUGUACGUUCAAAACCUCAAACUACACAAGACACUGUAGAGGAAGACUCCAACUCAACCCCCGAUUCAAACACAAGCAUCCAUGAAAAAUCAACUGUAGAGGAUCCGGGAGAACCAGCCAGUACCAUCUCUACUGGAACUCCAAGCCAAGACAGUGGUGUCACGUCAAUGCUAUCGUUGGAUUUAGGCCCUUCUCUUACACCCACAGAGGAAAUGCCUGAAACUGGGCUAAGAAACACAGAUAUUGGGGUUGAGUCUGGUGGAGCAGCAUUACAUGAGAGUUCCUCUGAAGCCCAGUUUGAAAUAAGUAGAGAACCGGCCAUGGAUGAAAGGCCAUUAUCUGAGUCCACAGAGGAGCUCAUAUUGUCUCAUGUUGGGAAAACUGAAAGUGAUUCUACUGAUCUGCAGACAUUUGACUCGGUAGUCACAGAAUUGCAAGUUGAGCAAGGGUCGGAAAUGGAUUCAGCAUCCAUUCAAGAGACAGGCAGCCAAGUUUCUCUCUGUUCUCCACAUGUAGAGGAGUCACCCGUCACUCAGAAACAAGAGAGUGAAGAUUUAACUUCUCCCAAAACCAGGACAAGUCGUUUCCAGAGAGCCAAGCCUAAACCCAACGUAGCACAGACGUCAAGACCUGUACGUUCUAAACCUCAAACCACCAGAGAGAUAGACUCCAAAUCAACUCCAAACCAAUCAGAAACAAUAGUAGACAUUUCAGAAGAACCAUCCUGCUCCAGCUCACCUGCCCCAGAUGAUAUACCAACACCGGGAUUGGGCUCUAUUCUUCCAUCAAAAGAUGAUCUUCCUAUUAUCGAGGAGAAAAAGACUGAUGAUCAAGAUGUUGCUGGUGCCAUCCCACAUGAAAAGCCAAGCAAAAUUGAAAGCCUGGUACCAUCACUGGAAUUAAGUUCUACUCAAAAACCCACAGAGGAAUUAUCUUCAGCCGAGGAGCCAAUGACUGAAGCAGGACUGGACUCAAGCUCAGAGAGCUCUCAACAAAGUGUGCCUCAAAGACGGCAACGUUUUCCCAAAGUCAAACCCAAACCCAAUAUUGGAUCAUCCACCAGGAGUAGACAGCCUAAAGUGCAGUCGGAUAAUAUCAGUACACCUUUAGAACAGUCCCAGGUAGACAUCCUAGAAAGCAAGAGUCCACAGAGAGAACUGAGAUCUACAGAGAAGGAGGGAAAGGAUUUAAUGACAACACAAUGUCCAGUUUUUGGGCCUGUAGAGUCAGGGAAGCCAGUCGAUGAUACACAUAAGGAUGCAUCUCCAUUUGAUGGGGAUCAGUGUACUCUUGACCCUGUGCUUGAAAUUAAGAGCCCGGAGAAAGCCAAAGGGAAAUCCAAAGGAGACACAAAGGUGGAGGAUGCACCUGCCUCACAAUCAGACUGCAAACAAGAGUCGUCUGUUGGAGCUACAGAAAUGAAUACACAACCGACAGAGGAGCCAACUGCGAUUUCAGAUGUUAGAUCUUCAGCUGAUAGUUCCACAGAGUCAGAUAUGAACUCUAUUCUCCCAACUAUCAACCAGUCCACGCCAGAUUCAAGAGGACACACUCAGCUGCCACAGUCAGGGACUGACUCUGAGGCACAAAGUCAAGAUACAGCCUCACAAGGUUCUGAAACUAAUCUGUCAUCCUCCCAGAGCUCUCAUCAUGAUCAGUCAGAGCCAACUCCUCCUCCUCCUCCUAAAGCGCCUCAGGGUCGUCGAUGCCGGCCCAUGAAACCUAAACCCAACCUGGGACGCAGCCGUCAACUUCCUAAAACCCAACAAGCUCAGACAACAAAAGAAGCACAAGCAGAUUCUGAUACCAGCUCAGAGGGUGGAAAGGCCACAUUUGCUUCCAAACAAGCGUCUGAAUUCCAACCUUUCAUUAGGGAUCCAUUAGAGGAAGCUCUUGAACACUGCAUCACCCAGAGAUCUCCUCCUGUAGUUGCUGAAUCCUCUAUUGGCUGUUCGGGACAAGAACCUGACAAUUCAACUCAGGACGCGCCAAUGUCAAGUGCAGCAGAGACCCACAGUCAUCCAAGUCUUUCACUCUUUCCAGACAUGCUGUCAGGACAGAUGCCUUCAGAUCCGGAUGAACCGUUUUUCACCCUCUGUCUGACCGAGAUCCCAGUCUGCCCUUCAGGAGCGGUGCUGGAUAAUACGUCUGAGCCCCUCUCUUGUAUCCCUGCGACAGAAACAUCGCUACAGCAGCAGAGUGAUGCUGGAGUUCAUUUGACAGCAGUGGGAGGUGAGCCUCUCCUUAAUGUCGCUGCUGUGUCAGAGGAGAAGAGUGCAGAGAAAGGCCUCGUCAAUGUCAAAGAUACUGAGCCUGACCCUGCUGCUCAUACUGGUUCACUCAUUGAGACUCCAGAGGAGCCACAAGGGAGUACUGCAGCCCAGCCGCCCAAAACACCAGAGACUGUGGAGGGUAAUGAUGAGACUAAAAUCCCCCCUACAAAGCAGAGACCUCAGGGCACAACAAGGAGAGCAGCCAAACGGCAGGUUAAGCCAAAUACUUCAAGGAAAAAACGAGCCAGCAGCACUGCCACUGCCAAGGAAGAAGAGUCAAUCCCCACUGAAACGAACGCCACAGAGGAGUCCGAGCUGCCAGGGCUUUCUGUGCAGCCAAGAGAGUUUGAUGAGGUUGUCUCUGAGCAACUGAAGAAAGGCGGCAAUCGCAGAAACACUGCAAAGAAAGCUCUUACACCUUCGCAGGACCCUGAAGAAAGCAGCUCAGGAGCACGGAAAAGACCGACCAGAGGGACUCGGUUGAGAAAACCUGCAGCCUCUCUUUCUGAGGUGAACAACCCUGCCCCUUCAAGUGAUUCUGCACCUGCCAAAGCAGCAUCCAAGGAUCAGACAGCUGAAACUCCACGUGUAGUAAGAAAACGAUCCACUCCAGAACCUGUAGCCUCAACGCCAAAUGUCGAGCGCACAUCCUCGACCACGUUAGCAUUAGAGCCGAACUCUGAGCAGACUUCCUCCGGACCAAGCUCAGAGGAACCUCUUAGCGCCUCUCAGUCUUCAAUCGAGCUUUUUUCCUCCCAGCAAAGUCUCGACAGCAGCUCCAUAGAAGACGCCACCAGUGUGUCUCAGUACUUCUUAAGUGACAUUUUUACAGACGUGGAAGAAGGAUGAAAGCCAUAGAGAGGUGAGGUGAGAGGAGACACCUGCCAGUGGCUUACCUUUUAACAUUGUUUGUGUUAUAUCUGUAAAGUUUAAUUUAUAAUUUAAGGUUUUUGGUUGUAUUUGUUCUCAGUUGUUACUAUGUGAAGCUCAAUAUGCUACAAUUCAUUCUCUAUUUCAUAAGCACUUUGAACAUGUACAGUUGUUUGAAUGUCCUGGAAUUCAUUUUUAGAAACAGCCAUUAGUUCAAGUCAUAAGUAUUAAAUAAUAAACAUUGAUAGCAAAAGGUUAAUCACUUGUUGGCAGCUUUUUCCUGAAUUUUCAUUUUGUAUUAUGCAUCAGACUCCCUAAUUUGGUUAUUAACUACCUGUAUAAUGUAAAUAUUGUAAAAAAAAAAAAAAUGUCUUUGAGGUUUCUUUUUUUGUUUCCACACCUACAAAGACAACCGCCUCAGGAAGAAAAACACAUUACUUGACAUCAUGUACAGCUGUAUGUUCAAAUGCAUCAAUUUUUUACGUCUUUUUGUAUUUUUGUGCUAAUUAAGUUAAACAUCCGUUAUAAUUCAAAUCAAUUACUUGACAAAAAAAGCACGUCUUAAAACUGCCUUGUAUCACAGAAACAAAAACAAGCGCAGGAGUUGUAAUUUGUAAAAAUGCAUCAUUGUAUUCAGAGCUGAGGUUUUUCAGCAGUGAAUGUCAGAGAUGUAAAGUUAAUUUUUGUAGCUCCAGUCAAUCCAUUUCACUGUGUUCCCACAAGUUUAGAUGAACUCGAGGUUGUGUACGGAUGUUUUGUACUUAACGGUGAAAACAGUUCUCACUUAAAAUGUUUCAUGUGUUAAAAACAGUAAAACCUGUAAUUAUGUAAGAUAUGAAUAAAAUGUAUUCUUCCACCACUACUUCAA